AUGAAAAUUGAAUCAGCCACAUUUGCAGUACCAAUUGAGUUUGACGAGACAGGACAAAUGUAUGUUAACGUGGACGGAAUGGAUAUUUCACUCGACUCUAAUCGUAUAUUGAAAAUGAAGAACAGACAUUGUACUACAACAAUUUCGUUAGCAUCACCAAGUGAAGUAGAAAUAGCAACUCGAAAUGGAUAUCGUGAAGGUUCUAGCCUAUGUAGGCCAGUGCAAUCAUCGCAAUCUCAGGAGGCAAUUAAUGAAGACGGAAUAACUACAACACGAAUGUAGAAAUCAUUG